AUGAGCGAUUCAUUUCCAAAGGUCCUGGUCUCUGGUGGCACCGGGUUUGUAGGUUCGGCCAUCGUGCGGGCUCUUGCUGAAAAGUACCCGGACGUUGCUAUCACUGUCAUCGAUCAGAGCCCUCCACGGCCCCAGCACGUCCUACCAGAACACAUCUCGUGCAUGCAGAUUGAUAUAACCUCAGCCGAGGCAGUAAUGGAAGCUUUCAGGGCCACAACGCCAAAUGUCGUUGUCCAUACUGGAGGACUCAUCCCGGGCCUGGCGGAGCGGUUCGGGCGCCAACUUGAGCAGAAGGCGUGGAAGACCAACUUCGGAGGGACGCGAAAUAUGCUCGACGCAGCGCAGCAGACUGGUGUUAUUGCUUUUGUCUACACGAGUACUUGCUGUGUGGUGACUGAUGAUACAAGCACUCCUCAUCCCAACAUCACUGAGGAAUGGCCUUCGGCAGCCAGGUCUACCAUCUAUGGGGAAUCCAAGGCUGCAGCAGAAGAACUCGUUCUCAAGGCCUCUAGCAGCAAAAUGGCAACAUGUGCCCUUCGGCCAUCGGUGCUUUGUGGACCAGGAGACUGCCAGCUGAUCCCACCGAUCCACGCAUGUAUUGCCAAAUACGAAACACCAUUUCUCAUCGGGGAUGGACUCAAUUUGUGGGACAUCACCCACGUCAGCAAUGUCGCUGAUGCCCAUAUCCUAGCUAUAGAGAAUCUGGUAUCAUCUCGCACCGCUGCCGGAGAAUCCUUUUUCAUCCAAAAUAACGAACCUAUCACAUUUCGGGAUUUGUGUCUGGCGAUAUGGGCACAUUUUGGGCACAUUCCCCCAUUCGAAUUGCGGAUUCCCGAGAGCCUGGCACAUUUUGCCGGGCUGGCGUGUGAGACAGUCACCCGGGUAAUGGGAACAACGGCAACCCUGAGCCGUGGGACUGUUCGAGAUGCAUGUGCCAUUCGAUAUGCCAGUGGCGAGAAAGCUAAAGAGAUACUGGGUUACGAGGCCCGUAUUGGCAUCGAAGAAGGUAUCCGUUUGAGUUGUGAAGAUUAUGCUUCUCGUCUGGGGGUUAGGUUACAGGCCGAAAGCAAUACCCGGAAAAUAUGGCCAAUGCACGGGAUGUUCCUCUUUGAAAAUGUUGGAAAAAGAGACAUGGCCCAUGCGGCUUAUUGGCAUUGGGCCUCAAACCAGCCCGAGUGCCCAACGCAGAUUAACUGCGUGUCACGGGAUUUACCUCAGCCUCAGAUCAUGGCACGUCUACCUUCGCCGCAGAUCUCACCCUCUCUGCAACAUUUGGGUAGCCAAUAUCGCAGAGGCACCCCAGUCCUUGCACUUACUACCCAACGUCCAUCUUGCUGCCCAAGUCAUUUCCCCGAGACAAUCGUCAAACCAGGGCUUUGGAUCAUGGCUGCCGUCCCACCAGUGCUAUGCCUAUGCACCAACGGAAACGCACACAGCGUCUCGCCUGCCAACGAGCGUGCACACCGGUUCCAUACUCCAUCGAUCAAGAUCUUCAACGACACUGGUGUUCGGCACCGGUGGUUCCCUGUGUAUGUUACGCAAUUGGCCUCCAUGGCGUCAACAGUGCCCCGGCAAUAA